AUGGGUUACUUCGGAAGCUCCUUCGCCGACGGCCCCGUUCUCGCCCUCGCCCCACAGACCGCACACCAAGCCUUUACGCUCGGAAAAUCUACCUUUCAGACGAGGCCCAACCACGCCGCCUUCGCGCGUCGAUUCGCAAACGCCAACAUGACCCCUUCGAGGCCCUCUGGCGCUGGCCGAAAGAGGUCUCGCGAGGAGGCCGAGCCCAAUCUCUCGGAGGACCUCCCUGAGCCCACACCCGCGCCCUCCUCCAACACUAGCUGGCUGUCUGGAAAUGACAUGCUUAUGAUGGAGACGGCCCAGCCUACUGCCGCCGCAAUCCUACACAACGCCGAAGUGAAGACGGCCCUGCAAAUGCAACAAGAGCAACAAGCUUCUGGUCGAAGCUACAAGACCCAGCGCCGCGAGAUUACCUCUGCCGCAGCGACACCCGUUGAUGAGUUCAGCAGCCCAAGCCCCAGCCUGGCGACUCCCAUCACGGAGAUGGACAACCAUCCCGUCGUCGAUGACUUCACCCUCCAUCUCGGCAUCGGUUGGAGGCGCAUCGGCAAUGAUGAGCACAUUCAGGCUGCUGCUCGUGGCUGGGCCAGGUUCAUCGAGAACCACUAUCCCAUUUCCAACGUCGUCAUUCAGCUUGAGAGCAAGGGCCUGCAGUCGUACCUCAUUGAGGCCUCUGAGGGCUACUUCCUCUUUGACGAGAACCUUCGACAGGGUCGCCUCGUUAGCAGGACUGGAGAGGGUGCGCUCCAAAACCUCAAGAGCAACCCUCCCGUGUUCGACGGUCCUGAGACCAUGAUGGCCGCGAGCCAGCCUUCCCUCCCCAUCCACACCCAACAGGCCAACUACAUGCGUGCCCUUCCUUUCGGCAACGCUGACCUUGAGAUGGAAGUCUGCUAA